UCAGUAAAAAACAAAGUGUUUCUUCUCUUCUCUCUCUCUCUCUCUCUCUCUCUUCCAUGGAAUCCAAUAGUCGGCGACGCUUUCACUCUCUCCGGCGACGAUGAACUCAUCGCCGACGAAAUGAGUUUGCGCCGGUUUCUUCUCUCUCCUCGUUCCGUGAGUUCCUUCCUCUCACUCCUUCUCCGUUCUCCGGUCGCCGGAAAAUUUAUCCGGUGUUAGCGAUACGGAAAACUCAUCGCGAUUCCGUUUUCUUCUUCGCUUCGUUUUCUACUUCUCUUUAUCUUUCACUUACAUUACCUCUCUCAUUCGGUUGUUUCCGAUCGGAUCCAUUUCGCCGUCGCCGGCGAAGUUAGUUGGAACAGGCUUUAGCUAAGUUGUAAACCUCAGAAAUUAUAAAAAUAGAUAAUCGGAAUUUAGUAGUUAGUUCGGUUUUUAGUUACUUAACCGCUUAACGAUAUAAAUAAAUAAAUAAAAAGAAGCGCGACGAUGUUAGAUCUUAAUCUCAAUGCGGAGUGGACCGAUUCGUUUAGUAACGGUGAGUCGCCGUUACCGUUAGAGAAGUUUCCAGACGGUUUGAGGAACCAAAUGGCCGAGUCAGGGACUUCGAAUUCCUCCGUGGUGAAUGCGGACGGGUCCAGUAACGGCGGCGGCGACGAGGACUCGGACUCCACACGAGCUGCUGAUGACGUGUACACCACUUUCAAUUUCGAUAUCCUUAAAGUCGAAGGCGCGAACGGCUUCGUAACGAAGGAGCUCUUUCCGGUGAUGAGUGAAGGAGCUAAAGGACACGCUACGUCGUCGUUUUCAGGGACGAAUGGUUUCGUGGAUCUCUCGUUCGAUGGCGAUGGAGGGAACACUAGUGAGAUGAAGAUGCUUCAGCCUCAGAAUCAGAAUCAGACUCAAACGCGAACUCAGACACAGCAACCAGCGAAAAAGAGUAGGAGAGGACCGAGGUCUCGAAGCUCGCAAUACAGAGGGGUUACUUUUUACAGAAGGACGGGAAGAUGGGAAUCGCAUAUCUGGGAUUGCGGGAAACAAGUCUAUUUGGGUGGAUUUGACACGGCUCAUGCUGCUGCCAGAGCCUAUGAUCGAGCCGCUAUUAAGUUCAGGGGAGUUGAUGCUGAUAUCAAUUUCAAUCUGAGUGAUUAUGAGGAUGACCUUAAACAGAUGCAGAAUUUGUCCAAGGAGGAAUUCGUACAUAUACUGCGUCGCCAAAGUACUGGUUUCUCAAGAGGAAGCUCUAAAUACCGAGGAGUAACACUCCACAAGUGUGGCCGGUGGGAAGCUCGAAUGGGACAAUUUCUUGGCAAAAAGUAUAUAUAUCUUGGACUAUUCGACAGCGAAGUAGAAGCUGCAAGGGCUUAUGACAAGGCAGCUAUCAAAUGCAACGGAAGGGAAGCAGUGACCAACUUUGAGCCAAGUACUUAUGAAGGAGAGCUGAAAUCUGCAGCCAUUAAUGAAGGAGGCAGUCAGAAUCUUGAUCUCAAUUUGGGCAUAGCAACCCCAGGACCUCCCAAAGAAAAUUGGGGGCAACUUCAGUUCCCCUCCUUCCCUUACAAUACACAUGGUGGAAGAAGUUCAAUGAUGGAAACCAAUGUUAGUUCUGGAAUUGGUAAUCCAUCUUUGAAAAGGAUGGUUGCAACUGAAGAUCGUCCUUCAUUAUGGAAUGGCAUGUCUCCUAAUUUCUUUCCCAAUGGGCAGGAAAGAGCAGAGAGAAUCGGCGUUGAUCCUUCAAACGGACUCCCCAACUGGGCGUGGCAAACACAUGGCCAGGUCAAUGCUACCCCAGUACCAACGUUCUCUGCUGCAGCAUCAUCAGGAUUCUCAAUUUCAGCUACCUUUCCAUCGGCUGCCAUCUUUCCAACAAGUUCUAUGAACUCAAUUCCCCAGAGUCUCUGUUUUACUUCAUCCAGCAUGCCUACCCGCAAUGCAUCUGAAUAUUAUUACUAGGUUAAGCCCCCACAGGCACCACCAUAGCUGAUUUUGCAGUACAGAUUAAAGACAAACUAAAACAAAAGUGUUUUCGGUCCAAAUUCUUUUUAUAAUUCAGCCACUGAUUGGUGUAUACUGAGAUUCGACACCUUAUUGCUGUCUCUUGCUUAAACUAUAAUGCCCCAUGUUUGGAUACAUCAUCUUUGAAGCAAAUGCUAUUUUUAGUGCACUAGCACAGCGAUGUUUCUGUUUUCCUCAAAUUUGUUGGCAGUCAAGAUUCAUGGUUUGCAUGCCAAUCUUGAGAUUAUAGGCCCUGAUUGUGCAUCCCAGUAAAUGGGAGAAACGAAAGAGUAUUUUUAUUUUCUGUUUUAGGACUAAACCCGAUUUGACGAAUACAUUGGCUUAUUUCUUCCUUCAAUUGUAUAAAACAACGGUCAAUUCCCAUGA